CUGAGUGCCAAUCUAUGGGAGCCUAAUGGAGAUGAUGAACAAGCUCAAGGAAAUAGCACGAUUGAUGACUACCAACUUCGCUCGGAUGGAAUCUCGGAAGCAUUAGAUUCUUUGGCAAAGGAGAAGGACAACAACGAGUUCAAGAAGACAAUGCUACUCGUUCAGAAAACACUUAAUGAUAUGUAUAAGAGAUUACAGGAGUAUAACACAAGCUUACAACAGUAUAAUAGUAGACUGCAGUCAGAACUUCAGGCAACAAAUGAGACACUAAAGCGUAAGUUUUGGUUUCAUUUUGACCAUUUUGCAGCAGUAGUAGAGAACUUAAGUACACUGAGGGGCCACUAUACUUCCUUGCAAGAGCAGCUUACGUCCUCAAGAGCAUUGCAAGGUGAGGCUAUGAAACAAAAGGAAGCAUUGGGUAGUGAAGUUGCUAGCAUGAGAAGUGAUCUGCAGCAAACUCUAUCGGCUGAAGUUGCAAAAUACAAAGAAUGCACUGGAAAAUCUAUUGCCGAGUUAGACAGUCUGACAACUAAAACAACUGAUCUUGAGUCGACAUGUUUGUCUCAAAUGCAAAAGCUUUCUUUCACUUUCGAUAAAGUGUUCAUGCCCGAUGCUUCUCAGGAAGAUGUUUUUGUGGAGAUCCCACAGCUUGUUCAGAGUGCCCUUGAUGGCUAUAAGAACCAAAGUAAUUCCGAUAAACCUUUUUCUACUAAUGAACAUCAUCCUUCCUGCUUUGAGAUGGUGCAAGCAAUUGAUAUCCGUAUGCAUCUUUGCAUAUGGCCAAACAGGUUCAGGCAAAACAGAUUCAUUCCAAGAUCACUAGAGCAGGUGUUUGAGUCGAGGCAAAUUCUUCAAGCCCAAGGAUGGAAGUAUGAUAUGCAGGGAACUGCAGAAGAACUUCAAGUUUUGUGCCAUGUUGAUCUGGACGAUAUCAUUAAGCCUUUACUUGAAAAUAAAAAGAUUGUUCUACUCGAUGACUGCACUCUUUUGUGGUUGGAGAAUGUCACCUGGUUAAGUUACUUCAAGGAUGAUAUCUCUAUUCUUGAUGUUUACAUUGGGAGAUAG